AUGGAUCCACGCCGUAAAUGGAUUCGAGAUCGUAUUAUGGCAUAUACAAAUGUCACCAAUGAAGAGGCAUUUGAUAGAAUGAUGGCUGAAAAUGAUAAUAAAUUAGAUAAUUUACUAUUAGACUUUUUUGAUGGUCCUAUACGUAAUAGUAGCGAUUUAGAUCGACGUAUUUUUAUUGUUUAUAAAACGUAUUAUGAGAAAAUUGUUGAUGUUGAGAAAACUAUUCGACAGCUAAUUCGACGACAUUUUCCUCCUGGCACCGUAUUUGAAAAGCCUAAGAAAGGAGGUGGAAAAAAGGUUCCCUUACCGCCUCAUACAAUCGAAGUAAUGGAAGAGUACACUCUAGAAGACGGCGAAGAAGCAAUACCAAUGGAAUGGCAUCCUCCUGUUGAAAAGAAAUCUGGUCAAGAUAUAAUGACCAUGUUAGAAGAAGAAGAGGAAGAAGGAGAACUUGAAACUGAAAUGGAAGAGGAAGAAAUUGAGGAAGAAGAAAUUAUAGAAGAAAAACCUCGUAAAAAAGGCGCUGUGGAUGGAAAGAUUUUUCCACCAGAAUAUAUUUACGUUAAGAGAAUGGUACCAGUUGUUAAACAAAUUGAAAUGUUUGUUGGUCAAUUUGGACCAAUCAAAGCAGAUACAACUAGCAAAGUAAAACGUUACGUAUACGUAUUACGUAAAACUACUGAACCGAUACCAGUAAUGGACACGGAUUUUGAGAGUGCAGAAGAAAUGAACGAUUAUUGUAUAGCUGGGACUUGCUCAAAACGUGUACUGAACUCAAUGUUACAAACAGUUGAUAAAGCCAUGAUUCCAAUGGUUGAAAAUCAAUUUCGUGAACCUGUAAUGAUACAAGCAGCAGAAAUUGAUCUGGACGCAAUCUUUGAUUUUAAUAAAUCGUCAGUUAGCUUAGCAACAAGUCAAUUAGCAUUUUCUCGACCUUCAGAUUUUCGACGCUUAUCAUUGAUCAUCCAAAAGGAAGAAUUACAACAAGAUCAAGGAAAAGUUGGUAUACUGAAAAAGAAAAUGUCUGAAGAAAUUGAUAAAAAAUCUAAAUUAGUUGUCAGUAUUGAAAGUAUAGUAGGAUCGACGCCUCUAGCACCCGAAACAAUAAAGAAUCUUCCAACUAAGAAUAAUUUAAUAAAAGAUGUUAAUAAUUUACAAACAUCAGUUCAAUGGACGUUAGAACAUAUUGAAGGUGAUAUAAAAUUACCACUCCCUUCAAAUAUUGAAACAUUAUUAGACGAUUCCAAAUCUAAUCAAGAAUAUGCACAAAUUCCAAAAUUAAUAACAAUAUUGGAAGGUGUAGUUACGUCAUGGGAACAGCAUAUGGAAAAAGUUAUAAUUUCUUACAGCGAAAAGGAACCAGAACGUAACGGACCAAUAGCAGAAUUCGAUUUAUGGCAUGAAAAAGAGGCAACAUUCAGUAUUAUCAUCGAACAAAUUAAAUCACAUUUAAUUGUUCAAAUUUUAGAUAUUUUAACGAUAGCAAACUCACCAAAAAUUCAAAGUUUUGAAAUUGCUAAUAAAGAGUUUUAUACGUAUUAUGAAGAUGCACGUGAUAAUUUCAAAAUUCUUAUGUCUUUAUUGCGCCAUUUUAAGACAGUUGAAAGAAGUAAGGAUUUCAAAAAAUUAAAUGGAGUCAUACCAAAUAUAAUGUAUGGUUUGGAAAUGAUUUGGAUUCUAUCCAAUUAUUACUCCACCGAUGAACAUAUGCUGCCACUAAUGGAACGAAUUUGUUGGUGUUUAAAAAAUACAACGAAACAGAAUAUUGAAAUGUCCACGUUAUUUAAUCUAACAUUAGAUGAAAUAUGCGAACAAACUAAAAAUGCUAUGGAAAUGUUUCAAACAUGGAAAUCCUCGUAUUUCGAAGUACGUGAAAAAAUAGAAAAUACAAAAGGUCAACGUUGGGAAUUUGAUAGACGACGAUUAUUUGGUGAAUCUGAUUACUUUGCAAGAGUCUUAGGUGAUCUAAAUUAUGCAGCAAAGUCUUUAAGUGAUUUCGAAGUAAUAUUCGGACCAGAAUUAAAAUCAAUUGUAAUUGAUCCAAAUCAAAUUGAUAACGUGCUGUUACGCGUAAAAGGAUUAAUGUUACCAAUAAAAACGGUAGAUUUUGAUGUAUAUAAUCCAAAAUUUUCCGAAAAUUGGCAAGCGGUUAUGGAUUGGUUUAAUAAAGAAUUAGUAAUAUUAGAAGCUGAAGCGAAAUACUUCAUUGAUGAAAGCUUUAAAACAUUACGAUCAUCUGAAGAAGCUUUAACAAUAUUAUUGAAAUUUAAAAAUAUUAAAACACGCGACUCAAUUAAAUCACAAUUAUUGUCAAAAUUUGAUUUUAUUCUACAACAAUUUUUAAAAGAAAUUUAUAAAGUGCAAGAUAUUUAUCAAAGAUAUCGCCGAAAUCCACCAUUAUUACGUUAUCACCCACCAUAUGCGGGAGCUAUAUAUUGGGCACGAUCCCUUUUAAAUAUUAUCAAACGACCAAUGGUACUAUUCAAACGAGUGAAUGAAUUGAAAGGUAGUGUAAAGGAUGUUGUUUCACAAUACACGGACAUGGCAAAAAUAUUACAAGAAUUUGAAUUGCAAAAUUAUAAUGCUUGGAUUCAAAAGGCCAAACCAAUUGUUUUACAAUCGUUUCAACAGCAUUGCCUUAAAGUUGAAUAUGAUCCAGAAGCUAAAAUACAACCAAAAAAGAAAUCAGAUGAAGCAACAAAGAUUAAUGCAGAAUCCGUCUCGUUUCUUAAACCGCCGCAAAGGACAUCAAUUCAAAAGUCAUCCUUACAAUCUACCACAUCAUCCAUCGGAGUUACACUGAAAAAACAAAGAUCUAAAUUAACUCAGUCAACUACGAAGUCACUGAUACAAAUGAAAAGUGAUGAGAAGCAAACGGAUCGCAGGCUAUCAAAAUUAAAAAUAGCAGGUCCAGUAGCGACACCAUUAACUUGGCGAGAAAUGAUGGGUGGACAAAUCUGUUCUGAACCAAAAUUAAUGGAGGAGUUAGGCUAUGAAAUACCACAAGAAAUUCGUGAUGCAUCUGAAAGAAAUUAUAAAUUGCAUCAGGAUCUGUACGCCGUCGAACAAAUGCUUGAUGGUUAUACAUCGAUUAUUCAACAAUUAUCAGUUCCUGAGGAAUAUUUCUUUUUACAAGAAAUGGAUCGUACGGAGAAAAUGUGUACAGUUUUAAAAUUAUACGCUGAUGUAACGCCAUUAUUAAAGAAAAUGGAAAAUGUUGUAUUAGGUACAAGUUGUGGAAGAUCACCAAAAAUGGAACAUUACUAUGAAUAUUGGGAAACACAAAUCUAUUAUGGAUUAAUUUUAAUGACAAGAAAUAAUUUAAGAAAAUUUAUCAAAGAUUUAAAUUCAAAAACACCAAUAUUUCAAGUGGAUGCAGUGUUAUCAAUACCAGAGAUUGCUUUAAGGCCAUCACCUACAGAAAUUUUAACUGUUACGUUACGUAAUGUUAAAAAUUUUACAAAUAGAUUAAAACAAAUACCGCGUUGGGUAGACAAAAGUUGUCUUCAGUGUCCGCCCCAAGAAAUACAAGAUACACAUGAUUAUUUCUUAUAUUCAUUUUACGAAGAUAUCAUGCAGAUAAACGAGUUUAAUGAACUUAUUAACAAGAUACAAGAUGUAUCGCACAGAAUUAUAUUGAAUACGCAUCAGUAUCUGCAAUGUUGGAGAAGAUACAAAACAUUAUGGGUAUAUGAUAAGAGCAUUGUUUGCGAAAAAUUUAUAGCAAAACAUAAGGCACUCUUUCAAUUUGAUGAAAAAUUUAUAUUUUACGCAAAUAUUAUUGAAGAGUUAGAACAGCAUCCUAAAUAUGAAGAUAUCGGUGCAAUACGUUUGAAUUUAGAACCUUUAUUAGAAGGAAUUAGUGACGAGGCGAUGGAAUGGAAACGAAUCCUAGGUGAAAAAUUGGCAGCCAAAACAAAAGCCAGAAUGGAUGACUUUGAAAAUAAAAUUCGUUACGACCUCGAAGAUGAAAAAAAAUCACACGAAUUGGAAGAAAAAUGGAACGAUUUAUAUUUAUCAUCAAAAAUGCGAACAAGAACUUUAGAAGCGACAAAAGAUCUGUUUUCUUCAAUGACUGUGGUUGAAAUCAAAGAAUUCUUGAAGUUAAUUGAUACAUUUGUCAAGGAAUUCACCGAAACAGGUCCACCAUCAGUCGGAGACGAUUUAGAUGCUGGCUUGAAAAUGAUGGAUGAUUACUCAAGAAAGUUCGCUGAAUUUGAGGAUAAACGACAGGAUUUAAUAAAUGCAGAAUUACUUUUUGAUUUACCAAUGGCAGAUUACUCCAAUUUUAACAAAGUUUACAAGGAUUUCCAAGCAUUAGAAUCGUUAUAUAAGAUAUAUCGUAGUGUAAAAAUAUCGAUUGAUUCGUGGGGUAAAACAUUAUGGGUGAACUUAAAUCCACAAACUUUGGUGGAUGGUAUGGAGAAUUUUAUGAAAGAAUAUCGUAAAUUACCAAAGGCUGUACGAACAAUACCAACUGGAGUGAAUUUGGAUAUUUAUAUGAAACAAUUCAAAAAUAUAGUACCGUUAAUGGUGUCAUUACGUCACGAAGCAAUGCGUGAACGGCAUUGGAAUGAGCUUAUGGCUAAAACAGGUCAAGUAUUUGAUAUGCACCCAGAUCGAUUUACAUUGUCAGAUAUGUUUGCUAUGGAAUUGCACAAAUCUCAAGAAAUUGCUGAAACAAUCGUGAACAAUGCAAUUAAAGAAUUGCAAAUUGAAAAAGGUGUAAAGGACAUAAAAGAAACUUGGGCAAAUGUAUUUUUUACGGUUUCAAAACAUUACAAAGGUAACGAAGAUCGUGGAUAUAUUUUAUUACCUGUUGAUGAAAUUUUAACACAACUUGACAAUGAUUCAAUGAGCCUUCAAAGUAUGGCAGGCUCACCGUUUAUUGGGCCAUUUUUGGGAACUGUUCAAAAAUGGGAUAAAAAUUUACAAUUAAUAGGUGAUGUCAUUGAACAAUGGUUCAUAUUACAAAGAAAAUGGAUUUACUUGGAGGGUAUUUUUGUUGGUGGUGAUAUACGAACACAAUUACCAAAAGAAGCGAAAAAAUUUGAUGAUAUUGAUUUUAGUUUUCGAAGGAUAAUGGUCGAUACGGCAAAACGCUUGAAUGUAUUGGAUUGUUGUUUAGUAGAAGGUCGUUUGGAUGAAUUAAUCGGAUUGUCAUAUGGCUUAGAAAAGUGUCAGAAAUCGUUGAAUGAAUAUUUAGAUUCGAAACGGGAAAUAUUUCCACGUUUUUAUUUCAUUUCAACUGAUGAAUUACUGUCGAUUUUAGGUAGUACAGGACCGGGAUGUGUACAAGAUAACAUGAUAAAAAUGUUUGAUAAUAUUAAAUCGCUACGAUUAACCAAAGACAAUUUAGAACAUUUAAUAGCAACCGCAAUGAUAUCCGGAGAGGGAGAAGUAAUGGAAUUUCGAAAUCCCGUAAUAACUGAAGGACGUGUUGAAAAUUGGAUGAAUUGCGUAUUACAAGAAAUGCGUCGUUCAAAUCGUUUCAUAACGAAAAAAGGAAUCCAUAAUUUUGGUAGUGUACGUCGUCCACGAACAGAUUGGAUAUUUGAUUUUCAAGGAAUGAUAUGUUUGGCAUCGAAUGCUGUUUGGUGGACAGCUGAAGUUGAAAAUGUAUUUGAAAAAAUUAAAGCGGGCAAUAAACGUGCAAUGAAAGAAUAUUUGCAGCAAUUAAAUAAUCAAUUAGAUGAGCUUGUGAUCAAAGUACGUGCUGAAUUAUCGCCGAAUGAUCGUUUAAAAUUCCGUACAAUUGUUACAAUUGAUGUACAUGCUCGGGAUAUUAUUGAAGACUUUGUGCGUGAUUCGGUAAUGGAUGCCACUGAAUUUGGAUGGGAAAGUCAAUUACGAUUUUAUUGGGUACAUGAUUUAGAUAAUUUACGUGUCGUUCAAUGUACAGGAAAUUUCGAAUAUGGAUAUGAGUACAUGGGUUUAAAUGGACGUCUAGUGGUAACAGGAUUAACAGAUCGAAUUUACUUAACAAUCACACAAGCAUUAACAAUGCAACUGGGUGGAGCUCCAGCUGGACCCGCAGGUACUGGCAAAACGGAAACGACCAAAGAUUUAGCAAAAGCAAUGGGUUUAUUAUGUAUAGUUACAAACUGUGGUGAAGGUAUGGAUUUCACGGCCAUUGGACAGAAUUUGUCUGGUUUAUGUCAAUGUGGAGCUUGGGGCUGUUAUGAUGAGUUUAAUCGUAUCGAAAUUUCGGUGCUAUCUGUUAUUUCAACGCAGUUGCAAACUAUACGAACAGCUUUAAUAAAUAAGGCAACUCGAUUCAAUUUUGAGGGUAAAGAAAUUGCUUUGGAUACAAAAGUUGGAAUAUUUAUAACAAUGAAUCCUGGCUACGCUGGUCGUACCGAACUUCCCGAAUCAGUGAAAGCAUUAUUUCGGCCGGUCGUGUGUAUUGUACCAGAUUUGAACAUGAUUUGUUUAAUUUCAUUAUUUUCUGAUGGAUUCUUGGAAGCAAAAGUUUUGGCGAAAAAAAUGACAGUCUUGUAUAAAGUAGCGAAAGAACAAUUAUCAAAACAAUUCCAUUACGAUUGGGGUUUAAGAGCGCUAACGUCCGUAUUACGUAUGGCGGGCAAAAUGAAACGUGAAUCACCGGAAUUGUCCGAAAUGGUUGUAUUAAUGAGAGCUUUAAGAGAUAUGAACUAUCCAAAAUUUGUAUACGAUGACGUACCAUUAUUUUUGGGUUUAAUUAAAGAUUUAUUUCCUGGUAUUGACUGUCCAAGACAAAUCUAUCCAGAUUUUAAUAAAGCUGUUGAAAAUGAUUUAAAGAAAAAUGGAUACAUUUUAUUACCGCAACAGGUUGACAAAGUUGUACAAUUAUACGAAACCAUGAUGACACGUCAUUGUACAAUGAUUGUCGGACCAACCGGGGGUGGAAAAACAGUUGUAAUCCAAACACUUUGUAAUGCCCAAACUGCGUUAAAUUUGCCAACAACAUUAAGAAUAUUAAAUCCAAAAGCUUGUUCUGUAAUAGAACUAUAUGGAGUUUUAGAUCCAAAAACUCGAGAUUGGACAGAUGGUCUUCUAUCAAAUAUAUUUCGAGAUGUUAACAAGCCUAAUGAGAAUGAGGAACGUAUAUAUAUUUUAUUCGAUGGUGAUGUUGAUGCGUUAUGGAUUGAGAAUAUGAAUUCAGUUAUGGAUGAUAAUAAACUAUUAACUUUGGCCAAUGGAGAACGGGUUCGAUUACAGCCAUGGUCUGCUUUAUUAUUCGAAGUUGGUGAUUUAAGUUAUGCAUCUCCCGCAACAGUAUCCCGUGCCGGUAUGGUGUAUGUUGAUCCAAAAAAUUUAAAUUAUCGACCAUAUUGGCAACGUUGGCUAAACACACGUCCAUAUAAGCCAGAAAGAAAAUUUUUUGAUGGAUUAUAUGAAAAAUAUGUUCCAAUAUCGUUAGAUUAUAUCACUUUAGGUAUAUUAGGUGUUCAAAUGGUAGCACCAUUAAAAACAAUUAUUCCACAAACCGGUUUAAAUAUGGUAAUUCAACUUUGCAACAUGAUAAAUGGCACUUUUCCACCGAAGGAUACUUAUCCAGAAAAAGAGGAUGAAUCGUUGGUAGACAAAGAGGCAUGCGAAGCAGUAUUUUUACAAGCAGUAAUUUGUUCGCUAGGUGCUUCAAUUUUGGAAGAAUCAAAAGUUACAUUUGAUGCGUUUGCAAAAAAACAAAGUGGAAUGAUGGUUGCGCCGCAAGAUACACCCGAUUCAAAAGCACCAAUGAAAAAUAUUCCAGAAGGUUUUCCAACAAUGUAUGACUACUAUUUAGAUCUAGAACAAAGAGUAUGGGUUGCAUGGGAAUGGCUUGUGCCAGAAUAUAUUCAUGAUAAAACAGUAAAUUUUGCCAAUGUUCUUGUACCAACUGUAGAUACAUGUCGAACCACAUGGCUCUUAAAUUUAAUGAAUAGUAUUCAUCGACCCGUUGUGUUAGUGGGAGAAACUGGCACUUCAAAAUCGGCGACAAUCGAUAGUUUUAUCAAAAAUUUGUUACAAGAAGGAAAAACGUUGGUUUUGAAUAUUAACAUGUCAUCAAGAACUUCAUCAUUGGACGUACAAAGAAGUAUUGAAGCGAGUGUUGAAAAACGUACAAAAGAUGUUUAUGGCCCACCAGUUGGAAAAACAUUAUUAGUAUUUAUAGACGAUAUGAACAUGCCUCAAGUUGAUGAAUAUGGUACCCAACAGCCAAUUGCCUUAUUAAAAUUAUUAUUUGAACGUGGAGGUUUAUAUAAUCGAGGCGGUGAAUUGAAUUGGAAAACGUUAAAAGAUAUAAGCUAUUUUGCAGCUAUGGGAAAAGCUGGAGGUGGUCGAAAUGAAGUUGAUCCUCGAUUUAUGUCAAUGUUUUCGGUGUUCAACAUAGUAUUCCCUGCAGAUGUAACAGUAAAACGGAUUUACCUAUCACUGUUAAGAGGGCAUACAGAUAAUUUUAGUGAUGAUGUUAAAGCAACGCUGGAUUCGCUUAUGCUAAUAACUUUGAAUUUAUAUAAAAUAAUUAUUGUCGAAUUGCCACCAACUCCAAGCAAAUUUCAUUACAUAUUCAACCUCCGUGAUUUAUCAAGAAUCGUGGGUGGAAUAUGUUUAUCAACUCCGCCAUAUUUCCAAUCAAGUAAACAGUUUAUUCGAUUAUGGAGAAAUGAGUUUACUCGAGUUAUUUCUGAUCGAUUAAUUAACAAACAUGAUCAAGAUUUAGUAAAUAAACAUGUACUCGAACAAUUAAAAAAAAAUUUUGAAGCAGAUGUCGCAUAUGUGAUGCGAGAUCCGUUAUUAUUUGGCGAUUAUCGAAAUGCAACAUCAGAUGAUCCACGAUUUUAUGAAGACUUACUUGAUUAUGAUGCAAUCUUGUUUUUAUUCAAAGAAAUUCUGGAUGAAUAUAACGAUAGACGUACACGGAUGGAUUUAGUACUGUUCGAAGAUGCCUUAGAACAUUUGACGCGGAUUCAUCGAGUACUUCGACAAUAUAAAGGGCAUAUGUUGAUUGUUGGCGUUGGGGGAAGUGGAAAACAAUCCUUAACUCGUUUAGCAUCAUAUCCUGCAGAAUGUGAAAUGUUCGAAAUAAUGUUAAGUCGUGGAUAUAAUGAACUAGCAUUUCGAGAAGACUUAAAAAGUUUGUUCAAUCAGUUGGGUGUCGAUGAUAAAAAAUUAGUUUUCAUGUUUACAGCAUCACAAGUAGCCGAAGAAGGGUUUUUGGAAAUCAUUAAUAAUAUACUAACCGUUGGACAAGUACCAGCUUUAUUCAGUGAUGAUGAUAAAGAUACUAUUGUUAAUUCGUGUAGAAAUGCGUCGAAAGAUGCUGGAUUUGGAAUUACAAAAGAAGCUGUGUGGAAAUAUUUUAUAGCCCGAUGUGCAGAGAAUUUACAUGUUGUGUUAUGCAUGUCUCCACAAGGAGAUAUUUUACGAAUACGAUGUAGAAAUUUCCCAGGAUUAGUAAAUAAUACAUGUAUCGAUUGGCAAUUUCCAUGGCCUCAGCAAGCCCUAAGAGCUGUGGCCAAUGUAUAUCUUUCAGAUAAUCCAAAAAUUGCUGAAAAAUUUCAACAACCUGUGGUAGAACAUGUUGUACAUGUCCAUGAGAGUGUUUCAGAAUUUACAGCUGAAUUUUUAACAAAAUUACGACGUCGAAAUUAUGUAACACCAAAACUUUAUUUGGAUUUCAUUUUCACAUACUUGAGAUUAUUGGUUGAGAAAAAUGAAUUCAUUGCAGCUCAGUGUGCGCGUUUGGAGAGAGGCUUGACAAAAAUUGCAGAAGCAAGUAUUGAAUUAGAAGAGUUAAAUGGAAAACUAGCAGAACAAAAGGUUAUAGUAGCCGAGCAAACUGCUGCUGUUGAAAGUUUAUUAGAAGAAAUACGCACUGGCACAAUGCAUGCCGAGAAAAAGAAAGCCUUUGCCUCUGAAAGAAGCGCAGAAAUAUCUGAAAAAAGUAAAGUAAUCAAAAAGGAAGCAGAUGAAGCAAAUGCAGUUUUAGCAGAAGCUAUGCCAGAAUUAUUAAAGGCACAAGAGGCAGUAUCUGCAAUAAAAAAAGAUGAAAUAACACAAAUUAGGUCUUAUGCAACUCCUCCAGAAGCAGUACAAAUAGUUUGUGAAUGCAUAGUUAUUAUAAGAGGUCUACCAGAUGUUUCCUGGAAAUCUGCUAAAGGAAUGAUGACUGAUCCAAUGUUUAUCAAAACUUUAAAGGAAGGAAUUGUUUUUGAGGAUAUUACAGUAAAACAACAGCAAAUGGUGAAGGCACAUCUAAAGAAAUCAAAAAAAUUGGAUCAAAUGGAAAAUGUCAGUUCGGCUGGUGUUAAGUUACUGCAGUACGUCAAAGCAGUAUUAAAUUACUGUGAGGUAUAUAAAGAAGUAAAACCAAAAAAGGAAAAGGUUGAAGAAUUAGAAAAAGAGUUUGACGAAGCUAAAAAAAAUUUGGAUAAACUAGAGAGAGAAAUUGAUAAAAUUGAAAAUCAAUUAGAUAAUUUAAAUAAGCGUUAUGAAGUGGCAAUGGCUAAAAUGAAAGAAUUACAAGAAGAAACUGAAAUUAUGAUGCGUAGAUUAGCUGCAGCUGAUAAAUUAAUAACAGGUCUUGGCUCGGAGAGAAUUCGUUGGACAGAAGAUUUAGAAAAAUUGCAUGAUGAACGUAGCCGAUUAGUUGGCGAUUGUUUAUUAGCCAGCUCAUUUUUAGCAUAUACUGGACCUUUUAGUUACGAGUUUCGUAAAACAAUGGUCUAUGAAGAUUGGUAUACUGAUAUUCGAAACCGUGAAAUAUCACUUACAGAAAAUUUUCGUUUAGAAAAAAUGUUAACAACUGAUGUUGAAAUCAGUCAAUGGAAUUCAGAACGUUUACCACCGGAUGAAUUAUCCGUACAAAAUGGUAUAUUAACUACACGUGCAUCACGAUUUCCACUUUGCAUAGAUCCACAACAGCAAGCAUUAAAUUGGAUUAAAAAACGGGAGGAUACAACUUUAAAAAUAUUAUCAUUUAACGAUGCUGAUUAUUUAAAAUUAUUAGAUAUGGCUAUUCGAUAUGGACAUCCUGUUUUAUUUCAAGAUGUCGAUUAUAUUGAUCCUGUUGUUGAGCCCGUUUUGGAGAAAAAUAUCAAAACUGUUGCAGGUCGAUCAUUUGUGAUGCUUGGUGAUCAAGAAGUUGACAUUGAUCCACAUUUUCGUAUGUACUUAACAACAAAGUUAGCGAAUCCACAAUUCAAUACAGCAAUAUAUGCUAAAGCAACUGUUAUCAAUUAUACUGUAACAUUAUCGGGCUUAGAAGAUCAAUUGUUGAGUGUGGUAGUAAGAAAUGAAAGAUCCGAUUUAGAAGAACAACGCGAAACAUUAAUCAAAGAGACGAGUGAAAAUAAAAAGUUAUUGCAAAUAUUAGAAGAUUCACUUUUGAGAGAGCUUUCGACAUCCACGGGAAAUAUGUUGGACAACAUUGAGCUAAUUAAUACAUUAGACAAUACAAAAACAAAAGCAGCUGAGGUAUUUGCAAAAAUUGAAUUAGCAUCAGUAACAUCAGCCGAUAUAGAUAAACUUCGUGACGGUUACAGACCAGCAGCGAAACGUGGAGCAAUAUUAUUUUUCGUAUUAUCCGAUAUGUCCAUUGUGAAUCCAAUGUACGAAUAUUCAUUGGAAGCAUAUUUACAAGUAUUUAUAUUCUCGUUGCAACGAUCUUUACCAAAUAUAAUGCUCCAUAAACGUUUAGCUAAUAUUAUCGCAACUCUAACGGAAAAUGUGUAUGUUUACGGUUGUACAGGUAUUUUUGAGCGUUACAAAUUAUUGUUCUCAUUUCAAAUAACCAUGAAAUUGGAUUUGACGGAAGGUGUUGUUCAACAAACGCAAUUAGAUUUCUUUAUAAAAGGCAGUGUUACAUUAGAAAAGUCAAGAGAAGAAAGUCCAGCUCCGUGGAUAUCUGGUUGGGAGGAUGUUAUAAAAUUACGAACAGAUUUUGAACCAUUCAAAACAAUUGUUGACGAUUUACGAAGAGAUAUUAACGACUGGUCACGAUGGUAUGAUUUAGAUGUGCCAGAAGAAGUUGAAUGGCCAUCAGGAUAUAGUCGAAAAUUAAAUUCAUUUGAAGGUUUAAUGUUGUUACGAUGUUUUCGUGUUGAUCGAAUUUAUCGUGGCAUUACAAAUUAUAUUAUUGAACGGAUGGGUGAAACAUAUGUAACACCACCAGCAAUCAGUUUGGAAAAUAUUUUUGAACAAAGCACGCCUUUUAUGCCAGUUAUAUUUGUAUUAAGUCCUGGAUCAGAUCCAACAAGUGAACUGAUGAAAUUGGCAGACCGUCUUGGUACUGGCGGUGCGAGAUUUAAAUGUUUAUCUCUUGGACAAGGGCAGGAACCUAUUGCUUUAAAUUUGCUGGACUCGUCCAUCAAUCGAGGACAAUGGUUAAUGUUACAAAAUUGCCAUUUACUAUUAAAAUUCAUUAAGGUACUAGAGAAACAAUUAGAAAAAAUUUCUAAGCCCCAUCCGGAAUUUCGACUGUGGUUAACAACUGAUCCGGUUGAUAAUUUUCCAAUUGGUGUUUUACAAAAAUCACUCAAAGUGGUUACGGAGCCCCCAAAUGGAUUGAAACUAAAUAUUAAAAACACAUACUUUAAAAUGCGACACACUGUUUUGGAAAAUUCGCCACAUCCAGUGUACAAAAAACUAAUAUAUGUUUUAGCCUUUUUCCAUGGCGUAGUUCAGGAGCGUCGAAAAUACGACAAACUUGGAUGGAACAUAUGCUACGAUUUUAACGAAUCUGAUUUUAAUGUAUGUGUAAUGAUAUUAGAAACGUAUUUAAAUAAAGCAUAUGCAGCUAAAGAAACUCGAGUUCCAUGGAAUAAUUUAAAAUACUUAAUUGGAGAGGUUAUGUACGGUGGUCGGGUAAUUGAUGAUUUUGAUCGGAGAAUUGUUGCAUGUUAUAUGGAUGAGUAUAUGGGCGAUUUUCUUUUCGACACAUUUCAGCCAUUUCAUUUUUAUAAAGAUGCGAAUUUUGACUAUGUAAUCCCAAAAGACGGCGAAAAAGACGAUUACAUGGCGGCUAUAGAAGAAUUACCAUUAGUGAAUAGUCCCGAAGUAUUUGGAUUACAUGCGAAUGCCGAAAUCGGUUACUAUACACAAUCAGCAAAAGAAAUGUGGGCAAAUUUAGUUGAACUCCAACCACAAACAGGUGAGGUUGGUGGUGGUAUAACUCGUGACGAAUUUAUUGAUAAUGUUGCUGUGGGAAUAUUAGAAAGAAUGCCACCAUUGUAUGAAAUUUGGCGUGUAAAAAAAGCAAAUGAGACAAGUAUUACACCAACAUUUAUUGUACUUUGUCAAGAGCUAGAACGAUUUAAUAAUCUUAUUGAUAAAAUGAGAACAACUUUAACUUUAUUACGGAAAGCGUUAGCUGGCGAGAUUGGUAUGGACGCUGUAUUAGAUAAUGUUGCAUAUUCGUUAUUUAAUGGACAAUUACCAGCAUCAUGGCGCAAAUUAUGUCCGGCAACAUGUAAAAAUUUGGGCGGAUGGAUUGCGCAUUUUCAUCGACGUAAAAGUCAAUACAAUGAUUGGAUUUUACAAUCAGAGCCAGUGGUAAUAUGGGUAUCUGGAUUACAUAUACCCGAAUCAUACCUAACUGCGUUAAUUCAAAUGGCAUGCCGGAAAAACUUUUGGCCGUUGGAUAAAUCCACAUUAUACUCAUAUGUAACUGAGUAUGUAGAUCCAGAUGACGUGGAUGAUCGCCCUCCUGUGGGAUGUUACAUGACUGGAUUGUACAUAGAAGGUGCUCGUUGGGAUGUAGAAGCUAAAUGUCUAAAAAAAUCUCGACCAAAAGUUUUAAUCGAAGAAAUUCCUGUACUAGCUGUUUUACCAAUUGAAACGUAUCGUUUAAAAUUACAAAAUACAUUCCGCGCACCAGUGUAUACAACAUCCUUACGACGGAAUGCAAUGGGUGUUGGUCUUGUAUUCGAAGCUGAUUUAGGUACAACGGAAGAUAUUAGCCAUUGGAUAUUACAAGGUGUAUGUCUUGUCAUGAACCAAGAUUAA